AAAAAAAGAAUGACUGGCCGUCUUGGAUUUGAAGGGCGCCCGGAGCGUCAAAACGAAUAUUUCAUUCCUGGCGAUGGUAUCAGCCGGGAAGUCAUCCAAGCAGACAUAUGCCGUUACCUUGGAAAUGAUGCGCUCGUAAGACCCGGAAACCAUAAUGGUCGUCAGGGUUACUUCAUCCGUGCCUACCGGAAUCUCACCUCGGAAAUGAUUGCUGACCUCAAAGCCGACUCUGCUCGGUGGGAGGCGGACGUCCUACGCCGGGCUGACCAGGGCUAUCCCAGAGGUAGUUACAAUCAAGACUACAGUUACUCCCAGGCACCUAACAUGGGAUCAGCGAGCUACCCAGUGUCUGCCGUCCACGAAGGGCGUCAGCAGGGAGGCCCAUCUCCUCCACCUGCCUACUCGGCACCUCCCCCGGCUCCUCAGCAAUUUGUGGUGGAUCCAUAUGCCCAGCCUCCGUACGCGGCGACUCAGAGUCCCCCGUACCCCCCGGCAUCCUCCUACCCUCCAAACCACUCUCCCUUUGGAACGGCCGCAAACCCGUACCCUCCCCCACAAAUCCCAUACACUACUUCCAGCCAACCUGCGGUGACUGCGGAGAUGCACCCCACGUCAUACACAUAUGGCACUGGCUAUGCUUAUGAAAACGGAAGAAACAAUGCCCCUAGGUAUCCCGGGCCUGGCUAUGAACCCGAAUCGGACUACUCUCCCGUUACUUCUGGAAUCCCUUAUCCUGCUACCACUGCCCCGGACCCUCGGAUAGGAAUGGAUCCCAGAUACACUCCCGAGGCGACAUACCCCCCGGCAGACCGCAAUAGGCCACAACCAGCCAGAGGCGGGGAAGCUCCGCGCCGUACAAGGUAA